GCCCCUCGGCCCUGUCUGCGUCGCCUACUAGCUCAGAGGGGGGCCUCCCGCAGGGAAGGGGGUUGGGAAGGGAGUGCUUUUUCCCCUUGUCCUGUCUCCGAGUGCGCGAACCCUCCGCCCUUCCCUCUGUCGUUGUCGACCCUUUUCCCGAGGCUUCCUUCCUUCCUUUCCCGAGGUCCUCUGUUCCAGGACCUCCCGUCCGGGUGUGUGUCCGCCCCCAGCAGGCCUCCUCCCGUUGGGCUCAGGGCGACCCCACCACCGGUGCUGUCUGGCCCUCUCAGGCCCUCCCUCCCAGCUUCCCUCCGGUCUGUUUUUCUGUCUCUGGGUCCCCCAGUUUCCUCUGUCUGUUGGCCUUCCUAACUCUCACUCUGAGGAUCCCCUACAUUUCUCUGUGUCUCUCUGGAACACCCAGGCAGCCACCCUGAAGGGUCCCUUCCCAAGCUCCUAGGGACAGCAGAGGACUUGGGGACCAGCAAGCACCUUCAGGGCACGAGAAGAGCCCCUACUGCCUGCCCUGCCUCACCCUGCCCCACGCCAGGCCCAGUGGCCCCCAGCUGCAUCAAGUGGAGGAGGUGGAGGAGGGUGGCACCAUGGGCCCGGGCGGUGCCCUCCAUGCCCGGGGGAUGAAGACACUGCUGCCAUGGACAGCCCGUGCCAGCCACAGCCCCUGAGUCAGGCUCUCCCUCAGUUAUCAGGGUCUGUGUCAGAGCCCUUGGAGCCUGGCCGGGCCAGGAUGGGGGUGGAGAGUUACCUGCCCUGUCCCCUGCUACCCUCUUACCACUGUCCAGGAGUGCCUGGUGAGGCCUCAGCAGGGAGUGGGACCCCCAGAGUCACAACCACCUCUACCACUGUCGGCCCCCUGCGGGAGGGCUUUGGUGGACAGGAUGGCGGUGAGCUGCGGCCACUGCAGAGUGAAGGUGCCGCGGCGCUGGUAACCAAGGGGUGCCAGCGAUUGGCAGCCCAGGGUGCCCGGCCUGAGGCCCCCAAACGGAAAUGGGCCGAGGAUGGUGGGGAUGCCCCUUCACCUGGCAAGCGUCCCUGGGCCAGGCAAGAGAACCAGGAGGCAGAGGGGGAGGGUGGCAUGGGCUGUGGCUGCAGCAGGGGCAGUGGUGAGGCGAGUGCUGGGCUGAUAGAGGAGGCGCUGCCCUCUGCGCCUGAGCGCCUGGCCCUGGACUACAUCGUGCCCUGCAUGCGGUACUAUGGCAUCUGCGUCAAGGACAGCUUCCUGGGGGCUGCGCUGGGUGGCCGCGUGCUGGCGGAGGUGGAGGCCCUGAAGCGGGGUGGGCGCCUGCGUGACGGGCAGCUAGUGAGCCAGCGGGCUAUCCCGCCGCGCAGCAUCCGUGGAGACCAGAUUGCCUGGGUGGAAGGCCAUGAGCCUGGCUGCCGGAGCAUAGGUGCCCUCAUGGCCCACGUGGACUCUGUAAUCCGCCACUGCGCCGGGCGGCUGGGCAGCUACGUCAUCAACGGGCGCACCAAGGCCAUGGUGGCGUGUUACCCAGGCAACGGGCUGGGGUACGUGAGGCACGUUGACAAUCCCCACGGCGAUGGGCGCUGCAUCACCUGUAUCUAUUACCUGAAUCAGAACUGGGACGUUAAGGUGCAUGGCGGCCUGCUGCAGAUCUUCCCCGAGGGCCGGCCUGUGGUAGCCAACAUCGAACCACUCUUUGACCGGUUGCUCAUUUUCUGGUCUGACCGGCGGAACCCCCACGAGGUGAAGCCAGCCUAUGCUACCAGGUACGCCAUCACUGUCUGGUAUUUUGAUGCCAAGGAGAGGGCAGCAGCCAAAGACAAGUAUCAGCUAGCAUCGGGACAGAAAGGUGUCCAAGUACCUGUAUCACAGCAGACUACGCCCACCUAGUGGCCAGCCCCAGAGCUCCAUGGACAGAUGACUGGCCCUGACUGCAGAAGAGCCCUGGGCCCUGAGCUGGCAGCCCACCAGUCUCUGGUGCCUGCUCCUUCCCUGCCAUCACUGCUGCUUCUGACUUGGCCUCUGUCCUGCCUGGUGUGGAGGGCUCUGUCCAUCGCUGAGGACAAAGGAGAGACCUCUGCUGCCCCAUGAUGGGGUCUGGGGUUGUGACCUGGGCAGGAGCCAGCAUUUGGGGGAUACCCUUCCUGAAACUGGGGGGUCUGUGUCCUGCCCUGUCUGGUCACACCCCCGUGAGGUGUGGAGAGCUGGGAGGAGGCAUUGUCACCUCCCACCAGGAUGCAGGAUUUGGGCUUGGGGUGAGUCAUGGCCUCUGCUGGCAAAAGUUUGUGGGGGGAAUAUCCCCAAGUCCCCUCACUCUUGCAGCCUGGAAUGUGAAGUGACUCCCCAACCCCAUUGGCCAUGGCACCUUGUGGAUUGGGUUGCCACUCCUUGGGCAGGGUAGAAGGUGCCUGGAGGAGCAUGGGUGUGGAAGUCCUGUCAGCCAAGAAAUAAAAGUUUACCUCAGAGCUGCA